GUGACGAAUUUACCACGGAACUUUCUACGACCAGGAAAGACUUAUGUUUCCUGCUUGUCUCUGCUGAAUCUCACAAGUAGCAACAGGACAUCAAAAGCCGUAACAUUGGAAGGGGUUUGUGGGGGGGGGCGACGGGUCCCCUUAUCCCGGCUCAAACACCACAAAUGUUGGCUUAACUGAGGACUGAGGGAGCGCUACCUCUAAACACCGAAAGCAAGAUGCAUCGUUGACCCGUCGUCCCCGGAAGUAGGAACCGUUGGCGUGCUACCUCGUUACCUUUCUUUGCCCGCCGCAAGAUGGAGGAGCAAUCGGGCCUGCCGAACGUCAGCAUACCUUGCCACAACGAGCAGAGGGACAAGAAAAAGCGCUACACGGUUUAUAAAGUGAUCGUCAACGUGGGGCAGCAGGAGUGGUUCGUCUUCAGACGAUACGCCGAGUUCGAUAAACUCUACAACACGUUAAAAAAACAGUUCCCGUCGUUAAGCUUGAAGAUUCCCGCCAAGAGGAUUUUCGGGGAUAAUUUUGAACCUGAGUUCAUCAAGCAGAGACGAGCUGGCCUGCACGAGUUCAUCAAAGGCAUCGUGUCCAUCCCGCAGCUUUGCAACAAUCCAGAUGUGAGGAGUUUCCUGCUAAUGGACAAAAUGCAAAACUUGCAGAACUCCGACGCGUCCGAAGAUGAAGACGAUAAAAACAACUCAUCUUCCAGAAACAUUAACCUGGGACCCUCUGGAAACCCACACGCCAAGCCCACUGACUUUGACUUUUUAAGAGUCAUUGGAAAGGGCAGUUUUGGGAAGGUGUUCCUGGCAAAAAGGAAGCUGGACGCAAAGUAUUACGCGAUAAAGGUCCUACAGAAAAAGGUCAUUCUCAACAGAAAAGAGCAAAAACACAUCAUGGCCGAGCGCAACGUGUUGCUGAAGAAUGUGAAACAUCCCUUCUUGGUGGGGCUUCAUUACUCCUUCCAGACAACAGACAAGUUGUAUUUUGUCUUGGAUUUCGUCAACGGAGGGGAACUCUUCUUCCACCUUCAAAAAGAGCGGACCUUUCUGGAACCCCGAGCCAGGUUCUACAUUGCCGAAAUGGCCAGCGCACUCGGCUAUCUGCACUCACUCAACAUCGUUUAUAGAGACUUGAAGCCUGAAAAUAUCCUGCUUGACCAUGAAGGUCACAUCGUUUUGACGGACUUUGGCUUGUGCAAGGAAGGCAUUUCCCAGACUGACACCACCAGCACUUUUUGUGGCACGCCCGAGUAUUUGGCGCCAGAGGUGCUGAGGAAGCAGCCGUAUGACAACACCGUGGACUGGUGGUGUCUGGGUUCCGUGCUCUAUGAGAUGCUAUUUGGCUUGCCACCGUUUUACAGCAGGGACACGCAUGAGAUGUACGACAACAUUCUGCACAAGCCGCUGGUAAUACGCGCCGGUGUGUCCAACGCGGCCUGGUUGCUGCUGCAAGGCCUUCUGGAGAAAGACGGCUCGCUCAGGCUGGGAGCCAGGGACGAUUUUAAUGAGAUCAAAACUCACACCUUCUUCUCCUCCAUCAACUGGAAUGACCUUGAACAGAAGAAGAUUCCUGCCCCAUUUACGCCCAACGUGAACUCUUUCUCUGACAUCUCAAAUUUCGACCCCGAGUUCACAGAAGAGAUGGUGCCCAACUCUGUGUGUUGGACCCAGGAACACUCUAUCGUCAACGCCAGCGUGAUGGAGGCCGACGACGCUUUCGUGGGCUUCUCAUACGCGCCGCCCUCUGAUGACUCGUUCCUAUAAUAUAUCCCCAAAGGCGCAUCAUAAUAACUUCUUAAAAGGGAAGAAAUUUACAUCUUGUCACUUAUUUUACAAAGCCAAAGGCAGCAGCUAUGAUAUGAAACGGCACUUAAAACAGAUUUUAUUGGGAACAAAGUAUGAUGGGGGAAAAAAUCUUUUUUUUUUUUACCCAUUUGUAUUUAUAUAAGUAUAUAUGAAAGAUGCUAUUUUAAGAAAUAAGGGCAUUUAUUCAGCAUGGAUGUCACUCCUAAAAUGUGCCUUAACCUUUGUCCUGUCAAAAAAAAAAAAAAAAGGUCACUGGACUCUAAAAGACAAAAUUGAAAUAAAUGUAUGUUAUUUCCAUGUAAUUGCUGUAAUUCUGUGAAAAAUUAUGUGUGUUUCAUAUUCCUGAACUCUAGACUGGCUGUAGAAUUAACUUGAGAAGCCACAGGACAGCAGUUUUUGUGAAUCACAGGUCACAAAUGUUAAUUUUUUUUUUUUUAUUACAAAGACUUGUAGGUUUAUGUUCCUGCUCAGUAAUAAAAUACAUUUUUGAAGUGUC